CUAGAUUCUUCUUGCACUAUUUUGCCACCUAUAGUACUAAUAGAUUCAUCUAAGAAUGCAUAUGUACGCAACCUUUUUCUCUUUCCCUUCAUAAAUACACAAUUGAAAACAGGUAACCAUAAACUUCACUCAUCAAUCAAUAUUGUACUUAAGGUGGUGCGACUACAAUGGCAUCGGAGCAACAAGUCCGAGGUUCAAUUCAGUUCGCGGGGAAGGUAGAGAGAGCAACAAUCGGAGAGCAGGCGAAGAAGGAAGCACAAACAAUGUUAGCCAACAACAAGGAGAAAGCGAAGGUGAGCCAAGAUGAGCUAGUUUUGGUGACAGGCGUAGUAAAGAAUCUCCAACCUUGUGGAAUUAUGCUUAAUAAGUCCCAUGAUUGGAAAGGAAAAUUUAUAGCCAAGCCUCCUGAUAAGACAAUUGGUGAGCAUGCUAGUGGUGGAUUUGUGCACCAAGGCGCCCCGUGGCAAGGGACUCUCCCGGUGGUUGUAGGGUCGAAAGGUUCGAUGAUAUAUGGUCAUAUCGAUAAUCAUGCUCCUCCCAAGCUUGGAUGGCUCUUGGCUUGGGACAAGCCUGACAACCCUAAUGAGCUUAAAAGGGUGUAUGUAGAAGCCGGGCAUCUAGUCCGGCUCAUGAAAAUGGAAUGGAAUGAAAUCGAACAAAAAUUGGAUGCAUCACGUAGUACAAGUCAUUGCUGGGACAGCGAGACUGGUGCAGUGGCAGCUGCUGAUAUUAAGGACUAUGGUGAAAAAUUGACGUUGCUUCGUGCCAGCUUUGAUCAUUCCCCUAGCAUUAAGUAAAUUGAUUUAAUUAUGUAAAUGCCUGAUGAAGAAUGUAAUAACAAUAUAACAUGCAUUAUAACAUCUAUGCUUAUCUUA